UAAGCUCACUUCUAACAUAUUCACCCCUAAUUGCAUGGAUUUCAAUUCCACACCAUCGCCUUCUGAGGCAUGUCACGAGACCAUGGAUUUUCUGUCGCGUACAUGGUGCAACUUUGCAGUUCAAGCUCUGCAGCCUCAGCUGCAUGAUCAAUCGAUUGUUGUCUUAGACAAUCAAAUCAAGGCACUUGAGAGUGAAACCUCAUUGUCUUUUACGAAUACGGAGAAAAGCGCAAAGAUUGAUGCUACUGAUUUCAAGUCGUCUUUGCCACCAUGGAAGUCUGAUGAUGUGAAGUCAUGGAUAUGGAUGCAACAAGCAAUGCAUCCAGAGCUGAAUUACAACAGCUGUUUUCGAAAGAAAUGGAUGCCCUGGAAGAUAGUCCCUUUCAAGGGUGUCUCAAUCAAGAAAUGGAUGAAGGAGAUGAAAGGAAAGAGAAAGGAAAAGGAUAGAUUACAAAGAGCAGAAGUGCAGUCAGCAAUAUCAGUGGCAGGCUUAGCAGCAGCACUGGCUGCAGUUGCAGCCGAGAACUCCAAAAGGGAAUAUUGUAGCCCAACCAAGGAGGCGGCAGUAGCCUCAGCAGCUGCUCUUGUUGCGGCUCAAUACGCCAAAGUGGCAGAAGCAAUGGGGGCAAAGAAAGAGCAGCUCGGCAGUGUUAUAGCUUCGACCAUGAGUGGUACAACUGCGAGUGAGAUCUUAACACUAACUGCUGCAGCUAAUACUUCAUUAAGAGGAGCUGCUAUCCUUAAAGCAAAAACAGGAUGCAAGAACAGAUUCAAUGGUAGUGCCCCACUGCUUCCAUUUGAGGACAGCAACGAUCUUCCAUUUGAGUUUGAUAAAUGCAGGUCAAUGCUAGCAAAGGGCGCUGAGCUUGGUGUAGAAACACCAGAUGGGAAAUACAUGGUUCGAUGGGCCUCCAUAGACCUCGAUGGUGAUUCAAAGGUUAUUAUUAAACUAAGGAAGCUAAGCCUGUUCAAAAGCAAGAAAGAACGCAUUAUACUGGGCCUGCAUGCUGACUUGUAUAGAGAUCCUGAAGCUGAUGAGACUACUGACACAUGUUACGUAAUCGUCUUGACGACAAAUUCGGGAAUGGUUAAACUUGACAUGGUAGAUGAUUACCAGCUUUAUAAGACAUGGUCUACAACCAUUUAUGACAUGCUUAUGAUUUCCACUUCUCUUACCAAAUAUGAUCUUCAGUUCUACAAAAACUGAAGUUACCGUGCUUCUUGGUCAUGUGCUGCAU